AUGGAACUGGCGGAAAAGGUGGCCCAGAACCUUCCGCUGACGAACUUUGCCAUCUGUUCGGCUGUCAGCCACAUGAAUAAUAUGUCCGGCAUGGAUGCAGCCUACGCCGAGGCCUUUAUCGGUGGCAUUGUGAACACCCAGCCCGCCGCGCCCGUGAUAUAUGGCGAUUUCCAGCGCAGCUGGUCCGAAACCGCUGCGCGUAUUCGCGCGGUUGCUGGUGGUCUAGUCGGACUUGGUGUGCAAAAGAGUGAUACGGUUUCAGUUCUUUGUCCAAACAUCCCUGAGUUGUUCGAGUUGCAUUUUGCCCUGCCUCUGACAGGUGCUGUGCUUAAUACGCUCAACACACGGCUGGAACCUGGAACCAUCGCCUACAUUCUGGAUCAUGCGGACACCAAACUAGUGAUCGUGGAUCGCGAAUUAGUCCCUCUGUUGUACAAGGCGUUCGAUUUGUUGGGCCGGUCGCUGCCAGUCGUUGAGAUAGUCGAUCCGGCGGUCACAGUCGAAGCGGUGCUGUACCGUCACGAGGCCGUUCAGGCCGCCGCUGUUGUUGCCAUGGCGCAUGAAAAAUGGGGUGAGGUGCCGUGCGCCUUUGUCGAAUUGCGCGAGGGUUCUGUGGUAACUGCCGACGACAUCAUCGCCUUUUGCCGCGCACAACUGGCGGGCUUCAAAGCCCCCAAGGCCGUCAUAUUCGAAACCCUACCCAAAACCUCAACCG